UCUCCUCUCAGCUUGCUCUUCUCUGUCUCUCACCCACUGUCUCGCUCUCUACCCCAGACACUGGAUUGCUCAGUGAUGAACUCUGCUUUGCUCCUGGACAGCUUCAAUGGACAGCCAUGUGAUUUAGAAACUCCAGUUACCACUGGAGCCUGCAGUACAGGGGGGUAAAAGGAGGAGGAGUGGAGCAAAAAGAGAAAAAAAGAGCUUUCCUUCGGUUUGGGUUCAGUCUGUGGAAAUAUAGCUCGCUAAACAGAGGUUUCCAAUCUCAUCUGAGAUUGAUCUGGAGGCCACUGGGGGAGUGGAAACCUGAGACCUGAAAGUAUAUUUCCUUUCGUCCCCAACGCAGUGGUAGCUUCCAUUCAGAAGUCUCUCCGAUUCACACACUGGGUGGCUGCUGAGUCCCGCAGAUAACGGGGAAGGGAAUACUUAGGUGCCAGUUGAUUCAUACCAGGAGGGCUCUUUAUUUUUUUUUUUUGUGGUUCCAGUUACCCCCCACCCCCGUCUGUCUUUCUUUCCUGCAUGGAAAGACAAGGACGAUGGAUGGAUUCUUGGUAGGAUGGAUCGUUCUGCUGUGGGUAACAGCACUUGCUGAGGGACUGCAAGUCACAGUGCCUGAAAAGAAGAAGGUUGCUAUGCUGUUUCAGCCUGCCCUGCUUCGCUGCCACUUUUCUACUUCCUCCACCCAGCCAGCUGUGGUGCAAUGGAGAUUUAAAUCCUAUUGCCAGGACCGCACGGCAGAAGCUUUGGGUCUGACCCUCUCAGGGAUACAAGCGGUGAGCAAAAGGAACCUGGAGUGGGAUCCCUACCUGGACUGCGUGGACAGCAGAAGGACGGUCCGUGUCGUAGCCUCCAAGCAGGGAUCCGCAGUCACAAUAGGAGACUUCUAUAAGGAAAGAGAUGUCACCAUUGUCCAUGAUGCAGACCUCCAUAUUGGGAAGCUGAUGUGGGGGGACAGUGGGCUCUAUUACUGUCUGAUCAUCACCCCUGACGACUUGGAGGGCAAGAAUGAGGAAUCAGUGGAGCUGCUGGUUCUGGGCAGGACAGGGCUGCUUGCUGAUCUCUUGCCCAGUUUUGCUGUGGAGAUUAUGCCAGAGUGGGUGUUUGUGGGCCUGGUGAUCCUGGGGGCUUUCCUGUUUUUUCUCCUGAUUGGGAUCUGCUGGUGCCAGUGCUGCCCACAUAGCUGCUGCUGCUACGUCCGCUGCCCCUGCUGUCCAGAUUCCUGCUGCUGUCCACGGGCAUUGUAUGAAGCAGGCAAGGCUGCAAAAGCUGGAUACCCAUCUGCUGUUACGUCCAUCCCAGGUCCUUACUACAUCCCUACUGUGCCGGGAGCUGGCGUGCCAUCUCCUGUUGUGCUGAUGGAGAAGUCGCAUCCCCCUCCCCUAGCACCAAGUGACUCCAGCGGAGGAAGCCAAAAUGCAGUGCGCAAGGGGUACAGGAUCCAGGCUGACAAGGAGAGGGACUCCAUGAAGGUGUUGUACUACGUCGAGAAAGAACUGGCACAAUUUGACCCAGCCAGGAGGAUGCGAGAGCGAUAUAACAACACCAUCUCUGAACUCAGCUCCUUGCACGAGGACUCAAACUUCCGUCAGCCUUACCGGCAGGUGCGAAGGAAACCCCUCCCUCCUGCAGGGGACUUGGAUGGUGAUGCGGAGUACUGGGCAGGGGUGAUCAGCGGAGGUGGUGCAUCAAGGACACAGGCGGUUUCUGAUUACAGGGAGGAGAGGGACAGCUUUAGGCACAGCCAGCAGAGAUCGAAAUCGGAAAUGCUGUCGAGGAAGAACUUCUCUGUGGGCGUGCCAGCCGUCUCCAUGGAUGAGCUGGCAGCCUUUGCAGAGUCCUACAGCCAGCGCGCCCGCCGGACAGAUGGUGGCCAGGAACCCCGGCGUUUCGAGAGGUCGGAGUCGCGAGGGGGACGCGGCGGGGUGGUGCAGCAUCAGGACAGCUCCUCGGAGGAGUACUAUGGCAAACGCAGGGGGAACCGCGAGCUGCAGACAGACUCGGAUCGGGGCUGGUCAUACAGCCCGCCCAGGAGACGGGCCCACGAUGAGAAGCACCUGCCCAGGCUGGUGAGCCGGACACCUGGAGGGAGUCAGAAGUAUGACCACUCCUACCUCAGCAGCGUCCUAGAGAGGAAGUCCCGGAGCUAUGAGGAGAGUGGCGAACGCAGUGAGACACCCUCCAAGCUGAGCUCGCAGCCCAGCCAGAGAGGGGGAACGUAUUAUGCCUGGUCACCGCCAUCCACCUACAAAGCAGGGCAGCAGCAGCAGCAGCAGCAGCAGCAGCCGCCAAAGCAAGAGGAAGGAGAAGACACCCUGCCUCCAUACAGCGAGAGGGAGCUGAGCCGAGGCCCUUCGUACAGGACCAGGGAGCAGGCUUACCUCAAUGCCUCGGACAAGAAGAGGAAAAAGGAGCCCAAGAAAACAGUGAGGCCGUGUCUGGCGCUCCUGAUCCAAAUGGGAUGAGCGGGGACACCAGAAUGAUUUCCCAACCAGGAUGUCCCUUGUGGUUUGAUGUUGUCACAGAAGAGUCGUGUUGAUGGGUACCAUGAGGUGGCCGUGAGGCUGAGAUACAGAGCUCUGAGCAAACAGGUCCCAAUGAACCUUUGCAGCCACCAGCCAUGGACAUUCUCUUUCAAUUGUCUGUUUCACCAUGGGAGUGGAGGCCAUCUGUAGAGGCAGACUCCAACGAAUAGCUCUCAUCCCACUUGCUGUGGGAGAGUCCUCCAGGAAGAUCAAUGAUGGGGCUCUCUUUGGAACUCUGUUCCACAUUGCAAGGCAGCUGUCACCAUAUUUCGUAUCCCAAGGGUCCCAAACUGAAAGAGAGGCUGGCUUCUUGCCUCUCACCCAAGAAUGCCUCAUCCCACAUUAGGAGAGGCCUAUCUCCAUACUGCUUGCUCUCACUGUUUCCCAUGACCUAGACUUGGAAGGAAGUUGUCUUCAUGCCUCUCACACUCAGAGCCUUAGGAGGUGGGGACUGCCUCUCACGCUCAUCACAUCGAGAUGUCUCCAUGUCUCAUCUCUUCCAUGCUGGGAGGAGGCCUCAUUCUAAGAACUGCAGGUUUCCUCAAGAUGGCAAGGUCCCCAUCCCCUGAAAGUUCUGAAAGAAAAUCUCUAGCAAAAAAACGCUGAGCGUGGCACUAUGCUAAGGGCUGAGCAGGGAGAGAAACAAAUGUGGGUUGGUUUGUUUGAUAUUUUUAGUCCUAUUCAUUCAGUGAUGGGAACUGCGAGUGAGAUUUUAUGUACUGUUUUAAAAGUGGAUCUAAGUAGAUUUUAUUGUAAUGAGAACAUAACAUUGUUCUUCUCACUGUUGCUUGUCUUGAUAUGUGUGGAUUUCUUUGAGGCUGAGAUAUGACCAUAUAAAGCUUCAGAUGGGUAAUCUGAUCAUAUGACAAACCCAG